AUGGCCGCUGCCGAAGUUGAAGAAGUAAUUACUAGAGAAGCCAUAGAAGACCUGAUUUAUUGUGGUUUCAAAAACAGUUAUCUGGUCAGCACAAAAGAGCCCAAGAGUGCACAGAUCAUGGAAACCUGCUUGAGGCUCUUCAGCAAGGAUUAUAAAUACUCUGUAAAUAUGAUUUCAUUCCGAUUAAUUAAUAAUACGGAUGGCAACCUAUGUGACCACUACCCAGAAAAGAUUGCUAUCUUAGAACAGCUUAAUACAGAGACUAAUACUAAUGAGAAAUUCAGAUCAUCAUACAAUGGCGUUGAGCUGCACAAUCUGAUAUACGAUGCUAAAAUAGGUCGUUGCCGAGAGAGAUUUGUGGUGCCUGUCAUACUGUUUGAAGGCAAGCACAUAUGUAGGUCAUCUACGUUGGCAGUUGCCAAAGAGAUGAUGCUCAGAUCGUGCAUGAAUGCUGUCUACUCCAUCACAACUCCAAGAAACCUUCCGUUUGACUCCGAUCAGAGUCAGGAGAGUGUCAUUAAAUGCUCACUUGAAGAUUUAACUGACGAAGAGAUACUAUCGCCUUAUGAUGUUGCCUCCCUUCUUGGUGCAAGGUCUAGUGAUAUUAAGCUGUUGAAGAUGUUCAAAGUGUCCUACAUAUUUGACCUCAUGGUUGAAGAUUGCAAGGUCAAGUACUACCUCAACUUCUCAUCAUCAGAGAAAGUCGAUGAUGAGUACCAAAAAUUCCGACUCUCAUCUUUGCCCUACCCCGGCUGUGAGUACUUCAAGGAGUGGAAGGAAAGAAAAUACGUGCCUGAGACUCUCGUUUUCAAUUGGAAGGCGGCCGAUAUAACAGCAACGUUCAAAUCUCCGGAAAAUCUUGACCCACCUGAAGGCAUUAAAUGGGAAGAUUAUAAGGAAUGGGAUUUGAUGACUCUGACGAGGAAUUACUUGAAGCUGAUACUGUACUACCUUAAAUUUAGUGACAGGAGUGUACUGGUCCACUGCAUUUCAGGAUGGGAUAGGACGCCUCUAUUCAUCUCGCUACUCAGGUUAACCUUAUGGGCAGACGGAGCAAUCCACCAGUCACUAUCAGUCCUUGAGAUGUUGUACCUCACUGUGGCUUAUGAUUGGUAUCUUUUUGGACACUGUUUUCCUGUACGAAAUAAAAGAGGAGAAGAAAUUUUUCUCUUUUGCUUCACUUUCCUGAAAGAGAUCCUGAAUGAUGAGUACAACAUCUACGAAAUAUCUCAAAACUUGUCUUCCACAGUACCAGGAGAAUCUGUUCAAGAACAACAAGAGAAGAAUAGUGAUAGUACACCAGCAUCUGCUCUAUCAUUGGCCGAUCAGUUGAAAAAUGCCGACCAAUCAGACACCACCAACUCUUCAAAAAAGGGUUGCAAUAAUCAACAGCAACAGCAGCAGCAGCCCACCACUGACGACAUCAACGACCCUUACAUCAUCAACGACAAUGACAGCGCUUCACUCUUCCUGACAUCUUCCGAUCAAGCCGCGGAUGACGUCAACAAGAAUGACAGCUUCAAUAUGGCCGACACGUCCGCCGAAAACGAUUUUGAGAACAUUUCCAUCUCGGAGAUCGACGAACAUUCGACGUCUGCGUCCACCAAGUCGACGUCGGUGCCCAUCAAGGUGAAGAGGCAGCCUCUGCAGGAACAACAAAAUUCUCAACUAUCAAAUGUUUCGCCUCUCAAUACAACCUUUAGUCGGUCUCCUGAUUAUGAAUUUGCUCCUGCAUUUUGCUACAGCACUUUUGAUCAUGUGCUUCAUGUCGUCUGGCGAGGCGACCAGCCGCAGUCAGAACGUCGAGAGAAAUUGAUGGAGUUGAGGACCAUCUUUCAUGAGUUGUACAAGAACGCGCUGAACCGUGCACAGACGGCGGACAGCGAAGGCCUUCUCCAGACUGUUUUCUCUUAUUUGUCCAUACUAUCUUAA